AUGUCGUGCUCCAGCCUGUGCAACACGUCCUGUGGGGUGGCCGCUCCGGCCCCUCUGGCUGACACCUGCAACGAGCCCUGCGUGCGGCAGUGCCCCGACUCCACGGUGGUGAUCCAGCCCCCGGCUUCGGUAGUCACCUUCCCCGGGCCCAUCCUCAGCUCCUUCCCGCAGCACAGCACCGUUGGCUCAGCAGGAGCCCCCGUCAUUGGGUCGGGCUUUGGCGGCAGUUUUGGAGGCCGUGGAGGCUUUGGAGGCUAUGGAGGCUGGGGUGGCUAUGGAGGCCAUGGGGGCAAUGGUAGUUAUGGAAACCAUGGGGGCUAUGCGGGCUGGGGUGGCUAUGGAGGCUGUGGGGUUUGUGGAUCUGGCGGCUGGGCCCGAAGACACAGAUACCUCAACGGCAACUGCUCACCCUGCUAA